AUGUUUUCUGGUUCAUUUUUCCUUUCUUUGGUCGCCUUCGUUUUUCCCUGUUCUUUCUUACUUUUUUGUUCUUAUCAAUUUAUCAAAUUCUAUCAUAUUUUCUAUAUAAAUUACCCAAUUUACGAUUCUUUCCUUGUUUAUUUUAUUCUUUCAUUACAUUUGUCAUUCAUUUUCUUUAUUUUUCUUAAUUCAUCCUCCUACAGAUACUUUACUUUCCUUCAUUGUUUUUUUCUUAUUUUCUUUUUCUUACUUUCUCUAUGUUUCUUGCCCAUUUUUCAAAUACCUGCUUUCUUUCAUAGAAUCAAUUUCACUCUUUUUUUUCUUGUAACUUCUCAUUUUAUGCUUUCUUCCAUUUUUUUCUUCGAUAUUCGCCUUUCAAAUUCUUCGAUUCUUUUUUUGUCUUACUUAUUCUUCUCUAACUUAUUUUUAAUUAUUCUUUCUUUGUUUCUUUCUUCUGUUUUUUUAUUCCUAUUUUCUUCCUAUUUAUUUUCUUUUUCAUUUGUCCUUCUAUUUAUUACUUCCCCAUCCUUUCCUUUUUCUUUCAAUCCGUAUUUCAUUUUCCAUCUUUAUAUUUCUUUUCUCUUAAUCUUACUCUUUGUUUUAAUUUUUUUUCUGUUCUUCCUUUCGUUUCUCUUUGCUUCUUUUUAA